CAUAAACUGAAAAAGGCCUUGUCGAGACAGGCUGGUGAUUUUUAAAUACAAAACUCUACAGCGCUUGAACAUGGCUGAACACAAACAAGAUCUGACUGAAGAUGUAUCAAGUGGAGAUGCAGAGGAACAGUCUGAAGCUCCACCAGAAUUACUGAAGAAUGUUGGAGAGCAUCUUGAUCAGAAUAAAGGAAGUAGUUCACCGAGUUCAACUCCACGUAAAAUUAAGUUUUUCUUUGACCCUGAAAAUGCAGAAGAGAACGCCAGUACUUUAGCUCCUGAAGACACAGGACAACUAGCUACAAAUGAUCUGACCAUGACUGAAAGUACAGUAAACCAAGCCAAUCAGAGUCCUGACCUGCAGGAUGGAGCAGUCUCUGAAGAUUUAGAAACAGUCAGUGCCGCAGGGCAACCACCAGUUCCAUCACCUGACAGUGAAAUCCAUCCAGCUGAAGAAAAGAAGCAUGAUAAUAAUAUUGGAGAACAAACGUCAGUCGAUAAACCAAUGGAUCAGGUGGACAUAGGAGUUUCAGUUGCAAGCUCGACCAGUGCUCAGCAACCAUCUGCUCCUGGAAGUCAUUCAAAUAUGGCCAGUACUUCAACUUCUCAAGAUAUAGGACAGGAUGGCCAAGGAACUGUUAGUCAGGAAGCGGUAGAGGAAAUCCGAACUUUCUCUGCUCCGCCAAGGCUACGUCCUGAUCCGGCAUUUUGCGUACCUAAUGUAUUGGCGAGUGAUCUAUGCAGCUGUGCAGCAGAUGAUUCUAUGUUAGAAACAGACGCAUCAUUGGUUGAGACUGCCAUCUGUGAUACUGUGUUUGAAGAAAAAUCCUACAUUAAACAAAAUUCUUUGAACUUAGUAUGGUCUUUUGGAAUAAAUCGAGAUACUCCAGUGCAUGCUCUACAUAUUGAUAACCGGAGGUUGAUCCUUUAUGCUUCUUCUCACACUGCAGUCAUGAACAACUUUUCAAUUACUCGUCAACACCUCUUACAGGGUCACUGUAGUCCACUUUCAUGUAUAGCUGUGAGUGGGAAUAGGAGAUGGGUGGCAACAGCAGACCAAAGCCCGGAGAGUCUAGUCAUUGUGUGGGACACUUUCUCAGGUAUACCUGUACAAACACUGUUUGAUUGUCAUCCAGAGAAUGGAGUUGGUGCCAUGGCUAUGACUCAAGAUGCAAAGUACCUAGCAACAGUUGGCAGGGGAACAGUUCAGCGUGUGUCCAUCUGGGACUGGACUUCAGAAGCAAAAGGACCUCUUUGUUCUGUGGACCUCAGUCCUGCCUUCAGCAUUCAGACAUUUAUACUUUUUAAUCCUGAAGAUAAUACUGAAUUGCUGAGCAACAGUAAAACUGAAGUUGUGUUCUAUACUUGGAAAGACAAUCAGUUGGAAUUUGCAUCACCAAUUCUUACAGAUGAAACAUUUAACAAGAUUGUUGGACUCUACAGUCAAUCAGUUUUUCAUCUUACCCCUUCACAAGUACUCACUGCUACUUCUGCAGGGAAUUUGGUUAUCUGGGACACAGUGAACGCACCACAAAUUCAACUUGAUGCAGUAAAAUCACACAAAAAAAAGGCUCUAAAACUGAUGAAUCUACAAAGUGAUAGCAUUACAGUGGUCACUGUGUCUGACAGGUAUAUAGUGACUUGUGAUGUCAAAGGUUGCAUCAAGUUUUAUGAUGAACAGCUUUGCUUACUUAAUUGGUAUAGUAACUUCAACCUGGGACCCAUCAGUUCAAUUUCCUUCUCUAGCCGACCAGCUUCCAAAGCCGAUGAGAAAACUUCCUUCCCAUCAGAGUCUACCAUCAAUGCUGAUCAAUUUGUUGUCAGAAACUUUGUUGUAGCAACAGUUGAUGCAAAAGUGGCUCAUGUGACUGGAGAAGGGUGCAAGCUUGAAAUGUUAUUGCAGGAGCAUGGUGCAGCAUUACAUGCUAUUGCAUGUAAUCCUGUUCAACCUUUCAUCUGUAUGGGAAGCUAUUGUGGACUUCUAAAGGUCUGGGACUAUGAGAAGAAGGAACCCAUCUGCAGCAGGCUUUUUGGAACAGGGAAUUAUAUUCAGUGUGUGACUUAUAAUGAAGCAGGUUCACUGUUGGGCGUUGGACUUACUGAUGGAUGUGUACACAUCCUUGAUGCACUUUCUCUGAUUGAUGAGUUGCCAGAACCAUUCCAGUAUGCCAGAGAUGCUAUUACUCAGAUCACAUUCUCGCAUGAUUCCAAAUACUUAGCAACAGUAGAUAGUAAAAGCACAGUAACAGUGUUCCUGGUAAAGGAUAAAUCUUGGCAAUAUUUGGGAAGGCAAAAUGCACACUUUAAACCGAUUCGAAGUCUCAUAUUUGGGACAUAUUUGGAUAGCAAUCAACCAAGGUUAUUGUCUCUUGGAGAGGACAGAGUUCUGGUGGAGUACAAUCUAGCUUAUAGUACUGAGGAUGAUCUGCAGAUAUUAAGUAGUGAAAGAAUAGAACAGAGUGCUAUCCCUAUGUGCAUGACCUGGUACCCACCAAUCAGUAAAGAGAGCUUCAUUAUCACUGCCAAUAACCAGUAUAAGCUGAAGCUUUACAAUGCCACUACCAAAAUGUGCAGGAAGACUGUAUUAAGCCCAAUUUAUGGGUCUCCUGUUCAGAAGAUGGAAGUUCUUCCAUUCUCAAAUGGGAAGGAAAAUAAAAUUGGUUAUUUAGCCUACAUCACAGAUGAUAAGGUAGGUUUACAAACUCUACCACUGGAUGGAAACCCCCACAAGUCCUGUGCAGUUAUCUGCCAUGGAAGAAUGGUGUCCAAUAUUGCCUGUUCAAAUGAUGGUUCUUAUAUAUUCACUGCAGGAGGAGAUGAUUGUACUGUGCAUAUGUGGAAAGUUGAUCUGACGUAAGUACACUACUGAUUUGCUUUCAAGGAACAUUAUUCUCAAAGGUAGCACUAAAGUGACUUGCAUUUGUAAUGCAUGUUGUCGCGUAAAAAUCUAGUUGCUUUUUC